GUUGAGCAAAGUAGCUCUCACAAAGACAAUGAUUAUUUAUUAAUGUAUGUGGUUUUUGUCAGUAUAAAUGUGUGUAUAAAUUAUUUUAUAAGAUUCAAGACAAUGUUCAUUGAUAAAGCUGAUAAUUGAUUUCAGUAUUAACGUGUAAUAACAAAAAUAAGAAAUUUAUUUUAUAGGUUAGACUAAUGAGAUAAUAGAAAAAUAUGUGUACAUAGGAAAAGUUCAGUGAUACUUUGCAAAUAGAUUUUGUUUACAAAAAACAAAGAUGAGUGAUACAGAGCCAAUGUAUGGGACAACAUUGUCCACAGAGUCUAUGAAAGUUAUUGCAGAGAGUAUUGGUGUAGGUAAUUUGCCAGAUGAAGCUGCAAAAGAUUUAGCAGAAGAUGUUAGUUAUAGGUUAAAGGAAAUCAUACAGGAUGCUACUAAAUUUAUGAGGCAAGGAAGACGACAGAAACUUACAACACACGAUGUUGAUCAUGCCUUAAAAGCAAAAAACAUUGAGCCAACUUAUGGCUUUUUUGCCAAAGAUCACAUUCCAUUUCGUUUUGCAUCUGGUGGUGGUAGGGAAUUACACUUUAUAGAAGAAAAAGAGAUUGACUUAAACGAGAUCAUUGGUAUGGCUGGUGGUGCUAACUGGCCAAAAUUACCUUUAGAUACUAAUUUGCGUGCUCAUUGGUUGUGCAUUGAUGGCAUUCAGCCAACAAUUCCAGAAAAUCCUCCACCUGUUACUAAGGAAAUACAAAAAUUAGAAAGUGUGGAUCCUAUAAGUAAUAGAAAUCCUAAUUCAAACAUUGGUAAACCUGGUGGCAAGAGUCAUAAACUACGUAAUGUUGAGACUGUACAUGUGAAACAAUUAGCAACACACGAACUGAGUGUUGAACAACAAUUAUAUUAUAAGGAAAUCACAGAGGCUUGUGUAGGUUCUGAUGAAGCAAGAAGGGUGGAAGCUUUCCAAUCACUCUCUGCUGAUCCAGGUCUUCAUGAAAUGUUAGCAAGGAUGUGUACAUUUAUAGCUGAAGGUGUAAGAAUCAAUGUUGUCCAAAAUAAUCUAGCAAUUCUUAUUUAUCUAAUGCGUAUGGUAAAAGCAUUACUUGAUAACCCAAGUCUCUAUUUGGAAAAAUACUUACACGAACUCAUACCAUCAGUCACCACCUGCAUUGUAUCCAAGCAAUUGUGCUCUCGACCAGAAGCGGAUAACCACUGGGCUUUGCGUGAUUUUGCUUCGCGUCUUAUGGCGCAAAUUUGUAAAAAUUUCAAUACGUCUACAAAUAAUAUACAGACGAGAGUUACGAGAAUGUUCAGUCAAGCACUGACAAAGAGUAAUCAAACGCCAUUAGCUACGGUAUAUGGUGCAAUGCACGGACUUUGUGAAUUGGGUCCAGAAGUGAUAAAAGCCUUAGUUCUUCCUAAAAUAAAGUUACUGUCAGAGCGCAUCGAGGCGAGCAUUGAUGGGCCAAAUGCCACUAAUAUAACUAAGGAUGCUGCUGGUCACAUAAAAACACAUAUUAUCAAAUCGUUAGCUCCAGUGAUAAAGACUCUUCGAUCUCCUCCAGAUAUCGUAGAAGAAUACAAACAAGAUUACGGAUAUAUAGGUCCAGCGUUGUGCACAGCUGUAGCUAAAGCUCGUACUCAAAUAAUACCGUCAACCCCGGCUACCUCCGUGACUAUCGCCAAUAACACCAAUCAACAGGGCACCGUUAAUGCUGUUGUAAUUGGAACGAACAGAAACACCGCAGUACCAACAACAAGCGGAGGUCAAAAAUAUGUGAUUGUACAGCAAAGAUCGCAAACUCCAACGAGUCAACAGCAACAAGUGCAAGUACAACAAGUACAGGUGCAGCCAAAACCUGCCCAAGCUACGAAACUUGUCGUCGUAUGUAUGCCUUCGGCAAGUCACGCACAAACUACAGUCACGCAGUCGAAUCUGUCGUCGAAACCACAAGUUUUCGUCACGCAAAGUAGUGUUGAUCAGUUUUCAAAUAAAAUGGAAGAAUGAUACACGGCGAAACUUUAUGGAAUAAAUUAUUCUUGUACAAGAUCUUUGCUACACA